CGUACACAGGAUUAGGUUUAGAACUUCACGAUUUUGAAGCUUCCGUUUCAAUUUCGACUAUCGCGCGAUCAGUUAAACAACAAUUAAACUGGCCUCUAUUUUCUGGGCAACUCUCGGCAUCUAAGUUACGAGAAAUUCUGAAAUUCGUUUCUCCGUAGAUUUGUUUUUUGUCUUUGAUUGGCCUGUUGAGCAUUGUUAUCCCCUUGAUUUUUUCGUUCAGCGUUCUCUCAUGUCUGUCUCUGUUACUUUUGUUACUAUGAGAUAAUGAUCCCUGGAUUAAAAAUCAACCAUGUUGCUAUUCCUUGGUCCAUACCUCAUGGCACAGUUUCAAUCAAAAUUCUUACUCUGCUAUUCCUUUUGGCCUCUCACAUUGUUUCCCCCUUACCAUAUAUGCAAUCUCUCUUCUAUGAAUGCUUCUGGCAUCUGUGCUUCCUUCACAGUUCCCCUGCAAGCUUGCUUUUCUAGAUGCAAAAAAUGCCUGGGUCAAGGCAGAGAGAUGUAAAGGCCAAAAAUCCAGAGUCACCAGAGGGGAACGGUGAGCGUGAGAAACCUACAGAUUCUGAUGAGCAGGUAGACCUUGAUGGGAACAAUGAUCAACAGCAGACAAUGGAGGAAGAAGUUGAGUAUGAAGAAGUAGAGGAGGAGGUAGAAGUGGAAGAGGAAGAAGAGGAAGAGGAAGAGGAAGAGGAGGAAGAGGAGGAGGAGGAAGAAGAAGAUGAGAUGAGAGUGGCAGAUACUAAGGAUGGAGUUGAGAAAAAGAAACAUGCUGACCUUCUUGCACUUCCACCUCAUGGGUCUGAGGUUUACAUUGGGGGCAUUCCUCAAAAUGUUUCCGAAGAAGAUUUGAGGCUUUUUUGUCAAUCUGUGGGAGAAGUUUCAGAGGUUAGGAUAAUGAAGGGAAAAGAAUCCAGUGAAGCAAAAGGUUAUGCUUUUGUGACCUUCAAGACAAAGGAAUGGGCAUCUAAGGCUAUUGAGGAGCUGAACAACUCUGAGUUUAAGGAAAAAAGAAUAAAAUGCUCAACAUCUCAAGCUAAGCACAAGUUGUUCAUUGGUAAUGUUCCUAGAAAUUGGACUGAACAAGAUAUGAAGAAAGCUGUUGAAGAAAUUGGUCCUGGAGUCAUUGCUGUAGAACUGUUGAAGGACCCACAGAGUUCUGGCCGUAACCGAGGAUUUGCUUUUAUUGGGUAUUACAAUCAUGCUUGUGCUGAAUAUUCGAGGCAGAAAAUGUCAAACUCAAACUUUAAACUUGACAGCAACACUCCAACAGUGAGCUGGGCUGAUCCAAGGAAUUCCGAAUCAUCUGCAAACUCUCAGGUAAAAGCACUGUAUAUAAAGAACCUUCCAGAAAACAUUACUCAGGAUCGUCUUAAAGAGCUGUUUGAACAUCAUGGAAAUAUCACAAAAGUGGUUCUCCCUCCUGCUAAAGCUGGGCAAGAAAAGAGAAGAUUUGGUUUUGUGCACUUUGCUGAAAAGUCAGGUGCCAUGAAGGCAUUGAAGAACAUGGAUAAAUAUGAAAUUGAUGGACAAACAUUGGAUUGUUCACUUGCGAAGCCACAAGCAAAUCAAAAGUCAUCCGGAGCAGCCAAUACACAGAAUUCAGUUGCACUUCCUGCUUAUCCACCUCAUAUUGGUUAUGGUAUUGUUGGAGGUGCUUAUGGUGCUAUAGGUCCAGGAUAUGGUGGUGCUGGCUUUGCACAUCCACUGAUGUAUGGUCCUGGAGCCACCCCUGCUGGCAUGGGGAUGACGCCAAUGCUUUUACCAGAUGGAAGGAUUGGAUAUGUAUUGCAACAACCAGGGCUGCAACAUCCUGCUCCAAUGCCAGUAUCCCGACAUGGGAGGAGCGGUCGCUCAAGUGGUGGGAAACGCAGUAAUGGUAAUAACCGCAAUCGUGGGCAAAGCCGGUAUUAUCCCUACUAAUUCAAUGGGCUUUAAGGAGCCAGCAAAUUGAGUUGCACCGAAGGCUUAGAAUUGUUGACGAUUCGAAGCACGGAGCCUAAGUCAAAUAGGACACUGCUGUGAAUGAAGUGAUGAUUUUUUGCAAGAUUUUUAAUCGGUGAGAAAGAUUUUAAAGGCGAUAACAUGAUUCUCAUGUAAUUGAAGGUUUUCAUAUUUUUUUUUAAAGAUUUUUGUAAGAUUAAUCCAUGUACUCAAGGCUAAGACUCAGUUAAGCAUCAAAGUCAUGUUUUCAUAUAAUUUUAUUUAUCUUGCCUUUCAAUUUUUCGUUAUCAAAUAUUUGAAGAGACCACAUAAUUUUGAAGUACAUGAUAAUUCUGACUAGACUGAUGAAAAAUUAUGUAGAUGUUUCAGA